UCAUAUUCGAGAGAGGGAAAGAGAGAAGGGGGCGGGUUAUGUUCUGAGAGCAAAACAUAUCUCCUCCUAAUAUUCCGCAAGAGGUUUUGAGCGAGGGGAUGGGCGCUUUUUUGAAGUGGACUUUGCACAAAGGAGGAUUUGUGCCGCUGCCGCCGGUGCAAGGUGCGCUCAGCGUGUAUCAGAAGAAGGUGUGGAAUGCGCGCCCGGUGACUGGAUUGUGCGUUUAGGUUGGCGGAAGUCGGCGUUCCCCAAAGUCUUUCUUCUUCCUCUUCGUCGACCUGAAAGCAGCCUGACCGAUUGAGUCAUCAGGAGCAAGCUGUUGUCGGUUCCUAAAGGGAGGCCUUAUCAUGAGAUGAACCCCGGCUGAUGCCAGCGAGACCCGGUCCACGCCCGCACGCAUGGCCGACGGCGUGGCGCUGGGGAGGGUCCUCCUCCUCCUUCUUCUUCUGCUGUUCAGCGCUAAUCUCUCCUCGGCCUUUUCUUGCUUUCCUCCCGACAGGUAAUAACACUGUAUCAACUGACUUCCGAUCACAUAACACGACAGGCCCUAACGUGGCGGCCAUCGUGGCGCCCACCGUGACGCUGGGCCUGGUCGCCGCGGCUUCGGCGGCGGCGGCGGCCUGGCUGCUGUGCGUGGUCAAAAAGAAGCGGCGGACGGAAGGCGCGUACAGACCCAGCGCCGAGGAGCAGUGCGGCGCUCGCAGCGUGGCCGCCGCCGACGUGCUCAAACUCCCCAAGGAGGAAAGACUCAUUUGAGGACCGGCCCCCCCUUCUUUUUUUUUUUUCAGGAGGGGAGGGGCGGUCCCUGUUUGAAAAAAAAAAACAACAUACCGACAAACAGCUUUUUCAAUCAUUUCCUCUGCACAAGUGAAAGAAGAGCUCCAGUAUUUCAUCGCUAAGCAACCGUUUCAUAUCUUUUUCUAAAGUGGCUUUAAUGGCAUUUCAUGUCAUAUUUUCUUCUCUAUGUAUUACAUCAAUAUCGCUUCUUUCCUUUUCGUUUUGUUAUUUAUGCUUUUUGUCCAAUAAAUACCUGCUGAAUUCGUA